CGCCAAAAUGCGAAAAGUGAUUUGAAUCAAGAGAUACUUUGCUGACCGUCGAUUCAUAUAAUAAGCUCUUCAGAAAAAAAAUUUGAACCGAUUCUGUUCUCCGUAUAAAAAGUCGGUUUUGCGCUAAUGAUGUAUGUGUUCUUACAAUCGACUACCCGAAAGUAUGCUUCAGACGUAGCUUUCACAGAAGUAGUUUUCUUUGUCUAUCUAUAGAAUAUAAUCCUUCAGAACUGCUCAUGUGAACAUCUCAAAUAACUUCAUCUGAACAACUUUUACUGAUGAUUAUGAAAAUCAUAUUACUUUUUGAUUUAUAGAGCAUAAUUGAUAGACAAGUUGUUCUCAUGAUAUGAAAUGUGUUUAGAUGUUACCAACAAAGUACAUCUAAAGAAGAUUGUUCUGCGAAACUUUGUUUUACCUCUUCUUUCUCGAUCUUGAUUACUUUUCGCAAAGUACGAAAAUAUUUUAUCACAUCUAUAAAAGUGCUACUUGUUUUUUUCUCUUGAUAAAGGGUACGUGCUGAAGGCGUCAUGAAGAGAACAAAUAAAAAUGAAUAUUUCUUUGGAGAAUUUUAAUUUUCUUUCUGUUUAAUGUUUCUUUAUAUCACUUACACUUGUUGUACUUCUAUUCACAUUUUCAAGCAAUUAUGAAACAGCUAACUUCUUGGAUACCUUGUUCAUAAUAGACACUAAUCAAUACUGAAACAAGAAACUGCUCUUGUUUGUAAUGUUGAUGAGGCUUCUUAUUCUAUUUCUAGGAAGUGCUGUACCUGGCUUUUAUCCCCACUACUAUAUAUGGGUUCGAUAAGGGAAGAAAAUAUAGUACUAUCUCGCAUCGGACAACGUUUAAAGAUAUGUGUUUUUCUAACUCCUAUUCGAUUUGUAUAUGUAGGCGGAGGAAAGGCUAUAUACAGUAACUUUCUUUUCUUUAUAUCAUGCAUCAGUUUUCUAUCCACAUUUAGAUAAUUGUUAAUUGUUUUGUAAACAUUGCCUCAUAAUACGACUGAUUUUGAGCUUUGUGGCUUUUGAAUUUGAUUAUCCUGUCUACGCCAUAGCAAGAGAAAAGUUCCGCGGUUCAGUGACUUCUUCCUCUGACUGAUUAAUGGGUCAUUAUUCGAAACGAGUAACCGAAAUAGUUCUCAAUCAUGCAUAAAUAGCACUGAUUUUUAUUUCAACUAGAAGCAAAUGUGUAAGCGCAAAAACAGGACAUACCCGUCAGUAAAAACUCCGUUUCUUAUAACUGUAUAAAAGUUUAAUUUUGGAGACUUUAUUUCUCAGCCUCUAAGCUUGCAGAAGGCCACGUGAAGGCCGACGUUCCGAGUUUUCGAAACAGUUUUGCUUAUAAAAAUAUAGGCUAAGCUGUUUUCUUUCGAUUGCUGAAAACUGCAAAUCUCUAUCUUUUAUUAUGUUUGAGUUACUCGAAAAACAACCACCUGCCUUAUAUUUUAGGAUGGAUAAUAGUCAAGAGGGAAACCGCAGAUUUUGUGACUUUUGUAAUCUGGACUCCGUUUCACAGACAACCAAUUUUUUUCAAAUUGUGUUGUACUUCUAGAGACUCCUUGGUAUUCUUCGUGACUUUGCUGAGCCCGAAGAAUUUUCCUGACUGUUUUGAAUUUUCCAGCGUUUUUUCCGCUUAGCCCUAUUUUCAGUCAUUUUUACAGAUUUUCGAGAUUUCAUCGGAUUCUAAUUCCUUUUUCCGAUUUUUUCUUAUGCUCCCAGGGAUUUCUCCAGUCUCUCAAACUUUGGGACGUUUGUAUAGGAUUCUCUAGGCUUCGGUAAGUCUGAGAGUCCACAAUUGGAAUUCUGCUGUUUCCCCCUUGCGUUUCCCACUUGAUAAUAGUGCUGCCACAUACUGUAAAUUAAAGAUGGAUUUUAAAUGGGAUGGUACAUCGUCAAUAUUAUUUUUUGUGGAGUGUAUUUCUUUUAACGAUAUACAUGGACAGUGUUUGCAUGGUUUAUUAUUAGCAUAAUGUACGACUUAAAAAUCUGAUCAGUGGUAGAAGUGCUUAAAAUGUGUUUGUAUCUGAGCAUGAGGCGAAGAAGAUAAGAACAUUUCUUAUGACUUCAGGAACAUGCAAUGACCAAUCUAACGAUUUCGUUAGAUAGAUUCCGAAAUGUUUGUGACUAUCGACUAUGACUAGUGGAAGUGCAUCAAAAUCCACUUGGAGUGUUCUCUUCUACUUAUUCUUUACAAAACUAAACGACAACAUGUUUUACUUUGUUUUUGUCACAAUAACCGAUCAAUGAAAGGAAAAGAUGCUUUUCUACAAAAACUUUUCUUUUUCUUAACAAAGAACCCACCAAAAAAACGUUUGCGCAGACGAUCUUAUCGCUCAGAAAAGACAAACUCCGGUGCUCUGUAGAUCUUUUGUCGUAAAAGAUCAUAUAUAUUUGAUUGUUCGUCAAUCUGUUUUCGAAUUGACUUUAACAAAUGGGUGGACCGACAGACAAGAAACUCAUUUCGCUGUUUUCUUUGACAUAACCUUUUCGUUUUGGGAAAACAGAGCUGUGAAAUUGAAUCUUUUUCUUUGUCAAUCAUCGCAUGACGAACGAAAUAUAAAAGAAAACGGGUUGUUGAACUUCGUUGAAUCCAAAAUUUAAAAAAAUAUCAUGUCCAUGUCAAAUUCCGGCAUAAGAAAACAAGUACAAGUACAUAUUACUAAAAAGCACACACUGCACAUGCUACGCAGUGUAGCGGUUGUCGAGAUGCCACAAAAGAAUAAAAUAAAAUUCUUUUGAAUUGAUCAAUUUUAAUACAAAAUAGAAGCUUUCAGUUUGAUUUAGUUAUAAAAAGAUGGGAUAAAUAAGACGACAGUGAUUGGACUAAAGGAUGAUUUAGUCACACGGUCUUCAAGUUAUUGCAUAACUGAUAGCGAUGAUAGUAAGAAAUAUCACAAAUUGAAAAUAUCGGGUGUGUUAUAAUGAAUGAGUCUCUCAGUAUUUCUAGCUUUUUCGUGUUCCUUUAGGAUCUUGGAAAUUUGAAAUUUCCACUACAAAUAUCCAGGACUUUUACCCACAUGUUUUUCAACUGUUUUUCAGAAUGUCAUUUCCUCGUCGACUGGAAGAAGACAAGCUUCUGAAAUGGUCACCCACUUCGUUACUGGUCAUUAAUCACAGCUCUAGCCAGAAGGCUAACAUGACACAGAGGCUAGCUCUUCUCGACUAACACGGUUUCGAGUUAAAAUAUUCAUCUGUUUUUUAGAAUUUUUGUCGUACAUUACUAGCGAAACUUUUCAAAACCAGAGAAAAGAUAUGUGAUUACGAAUCUCACAUUAUUCUUUCAAAAAAGUUUAAUUCUGGUACCAAAAAUCCAGUUUUACGUUUUUUGGACACUAUUUUCAGUUUCCUCAUCUAGACACUAUUCCUAAUAAAAAUGGAAGACCACACUAAUCGAUAGAGAAUUUGAUUCGUUACAAGAUAGUAUGUUUGUGUUGAAGUUUAGACUCAAAACAAGCUUUUUAAUUGAGUUUUAAGUUUUAAGAUUCUCACACAAUUCUAAGAAAGUGAAAACAUGUUUUCAGCUUUAUUUUCACGUUAGUCUAUAUUAGAUGCCUAAAAUUAAGUCCGAUGUGAAAAUGAAAUCCUUUGAGCAAUGUUUAGUGCUCCAAGCUUUGUUGGGAAAAAAGUGUGUCACAGCGUCACGACGAUAAAACACAAUUAUUGAGGGAUGAAAAGCUCAUUGGAAAGAUUCUUUUUUAGCAAUCAGUAUACUGCAAUCAGUCUACAAACUUUGAUCAAGACGCUUUUUAUUAGCUCUUCUAAAUUCGCAGCAAACUGGCUUUUAUUGAGAAGAACUUCGAAUUUAGGAUCUUUUUUGUCACUGCGUCACGCGCCGAAAAACGGUUCUAAAAAUUCGAGUCUUUAGCCAUAUACCUUCAUUUUUAUGUCAAAAGUAGAGUAUGGCAAGCUGCGUCGAAUGGCGCAAGUUGCCAGCUCUUACACUUUUUGCGAAAAGCUCAAAUUACUGUGUCAAAAAUGUCACAGUGUCACGCUUGGACAAGCCGUAUAGUUCAAGGAUGGUUGUUAUUCCACAACUUUACCUAACGUUUACGCAUGUUUAGUAGGAUAUUCACUUUAACUAGUGUAUUAACAAUGUCUUUUCCUUGAGGGAGAGAUAUAGGCGUAACACGACAGAAAAUGUUACUGGUUUUUCAAAAUGGAUUAUAGCUGAUGAAAUUUUUUAAAUGUGACUAAUCUUAGUCAUUCGCGCUACUUCAUAAAUUAAUAUCAUCACUAGAUAUGUCAAAUGACAAUCUUAUGUUAUUACGACGACAUUAUUUUGAAAAAAAACAAAAAACAAGGAUAAUUAUAUCAUGAGAAAUGUAUCUGUCUAAAUGUCACCAGUAGAUUACAAUGAAUUUAUACUUAUAAUCUUUCUUUUCUUUACUGCACAAUUAUUUUUCUUUCUUGAAACCAUGUCAUCGUUAUUUUUCUUGUCUUUCUUCAGUUGCGUAGUAUUAUCAAUAUCGAGUUGUGUACCCGAUCCUCAAUUGAUCCAACGACAAGUGAAUGAUGCUCAUAUCCCCGGUAUAGCGGCUAUUGUUAUAAAUAGUUCACAAAUUCUCUAUCAACGAUCAUUUACCCAUAACAAACAGUUUCAAGGUCAACAUUUAAAUGAUAAAACAAUAUUUCUUCUUGGAUCAAUAUCAAAAACAGUUGUAGCCAUUGCAGCUAUGCAACUAGUUGAACAAAAUCAACUGGAUUUGGAUGCCGAUAUUAAUACAUAUUUGAAUCCACUACCAGAAAUAGUUCAUCCACUCUAUCCUGACGAUCCACUAACCAUGAGACAUUUACUCACUCAUACUUCGAGUAUCAGUUCAAAUGUGGCAGUGGAAAAUUCAUUCUAUUCCCCAUUCGAUAACUAUACAGCAACAAGUUUAACGGAAUUAUGUUUGAAUUAUUUAAUCCGUGGUGGAUAUUAUUAUUCACCGUCGAAUUGGCAGGAUUUUAAAACGGGUACACAAGUUUCCUAUUCAGAUGUGGGCGUGGCUUUAGCCGGUUUAAUAAUUGAAUUGAUCUCAAAGAUGCCUUAUGAUAAAUAUAUUCGUGAACACAUAUUCAAACCAUUACAUCUUGAUGAUGCCACUGUUGCUCUAGCCGAUUUAACACCCGAACAACGAGAAAAUAUCGUGAAACAUUAUGCUUUUAAUACAACUGUUGAGGAAUGGUCUCGUUUUGCUCCUGAAAUCGAAUUUGUCGAAUAUGAUUCUGAUUAUCCCGAUAUAAAAUGGGUAAAUAUCGGUCCAUAUGGAUUUAUUAAUUAUCCUGCGCGUUUACUACGCAUGUCAGCCUUGUCAUUGUCCAAAUAUCUGUCGAUGUUUCUCAAUAAUGGCACAUUAAAUGGUGUCACCAUUCUCACUGCUCAAUCCAUUGCCGUCAUUCGCACAAUUCAAUACCCGCAAUAUCCCGAUAUAGAAUCUUUUGGAUUACUCUGGUACUAUAGUAAUGUAACAUCGUCGGAUCUGAGUGUAACACGGCGAUUAUUAGGUCAUCGUGGUACAACUCCCGGUGUUCGAGCUGCGAUGAUGAUUGAUCCCUUGACAAAUAUCGGAGUGAUUCUGUUGUCAAACGGAGAUAUAGUUCUCAAUGAAUAUCAAGGGCAUAUUCUGGCUCAACAAUUAAAUGAUAUUCUAUUGUAUCUGUUCGAUUGUUAUAGUUAA